UGGCAAGCCCCCGGCCCAAACGACUCCCGCGGCCCUUGCCCCGGCCUCAACUCCCUCGCAAACCACGGCUUCCUCCCCCGCAGCGGCAAGAACAUCACCGUCAUCGACCUCCUCCGCGGGACAUACGCAGGCUACCACGCGCUCCCGGACAUUGCCCUCGCCGCGGGCACGGCCGAGCUCGCCAAGUCAUACCGCCUCGCCGCGUUUGACCUGCACGAGCUCUCGGACCACGGCUUCGUCACGCACGACUGCAGCCUCUCCCGCGGCGACGCCUCCACGCCCAACAACAACGACUUCAACGCGACCAUCUGGUCCGUCCCCCUGGAAGUCCUGAAAAACUACUCCACCAUCACGCCGCAGGCCAUUGGCGCAGCCCGCGCGGCCCGAGAUCUGUACGACAUCGCGCAUAACCCCGACCAGCAGUGCGGCGCGCGAUCGAUUGCUUUCGGGGCCCUGGAAAAUGGUUUCCUGCUGCAGGCUCUCGGGGGGAAUCCCAAGCUGGAGUGGGUGAGGAGCUUGUUUGAGGAGCAGAGGAUCCCGACGCAUCUUGGCUUU